UCCCUUGUUUUCUAUAUAUUCUGUUCUCUGCUCCAUUUCUCGCUCCGUGACUCUCUCUCCUUUCGCUUUUUGCUUCUCAAAAAUCAAAAUCCGUGUAAACAUGGGAGUGAACUUGCAAGCAAUUGUGGGGUUUGUGUUUCUUUCAUUUCUGUUGUUUGCUGUUGUAUCAUCCGCGUCGAAUGAUGGUUUGCUUAGAAUAGGAUUAAAAAAGGUGAAACUUGAUAAGAACAACCGAAUUGCUGCACGGCUUGAUUCCAAAGAGACCUUGAGAGCUUCUAUUAGGAAGUAUAAUCUUUGCAGUAAUCUUGGAGAAUCCGAGGAUACUGAUAUUGUUGCUUUGAAGAAUUAUCUGGAUUCUCAGUACUAUGGCGAGAUUGGUGUUGGCUCUCCUCCUCAGAAGUUCACUGUGAUCUUUGACACUGGUAGCUCCAAUUUGUGGGUGCCAUCAUCUAAGUGCUAUUUAUCGGUUGCUUGUUACUUCCAUUCUAAGUACGACUCUGGAAAAUCAAGUACCUACAAGAAGAAUGGAAAAAGUGCUGAAAUUCGCUAUGGCAGUGGAUCUAUUUCUGGUUUCUUCAGUAAUGACGCCAUCGAAGUUGGUGGCCUGGUUGUGAAAGAUCAGGAAUUUAUUGAGGCAACUAAGGAGCCUGGUAUCACAUUUUUGGUGGCCAAGUUUGAUGGUAUAUUGGGACUUGGGUUCAAAGAAAUUUCAGUGGGAGAUGCUGUGCCUGUCUGGGACAACAUGAUUAAACAUGGUCUUAUCAAGGAACCAGUAUUUUCUUUCUGGCUUAACCGCAAUGCAGAGGAUGAAGAAGGGGGUGAAAUUGUGUUUGGUGGGAUGGACCCGAAACAUUACAAGGGCAAGCACACUUUUGUUCCUGUGACACGGAAAGGCUAUUGGCAGUUCAACAUGGGUGAUGUCCAUAUUGGUGAUAAACCAACUGGGUAUUGUGCCAGCGGUUGUGCAGCAAUUGCAGAUUCUGGAACUUCCUUGUUGGCAGGUCCAGCGACUAUAAUUACAAUGAUAAAUCAAGCCAUUGGAGCCUCUGGAGUUGUUAGCCAGCAAUGCAAGGCUGUUGUUUCACAAUACGGGGAAGCCAUAAUGGAUUUGCUACUCUCUGAGGCACAGCCAAAGAGGAUUUGCUCUCAAAUUGGGCUUUGCAUGUUUGAUGGAACCCGUGGCAUAAGCAUUAGCAUUCAGAGCGUGGUGGAUGAGGGCAAUGACAAGUCAUCUGGUGUUCUUGGUGAUGCUAUGUGCUCUGCUUGUGAAAUGGCAGUUGUCUGGAUGCGAAGCCAGCUGAAGCAGAACCAGACACAAGAUCGUAUAUUGGACUAUGCGAGUCAGCUUUGUGAACGAAUGCCAAACCCGAUGGGAGAAUCAGCUGUUGACUGUGAAAGUGUUCCUUCCAUGCCCACGGUUGCCUUCACAAUUGGAGGCAAAGAGUUUGAGCUCGCUCCAGAGGAGUACAUUCUCAAGGUUGGCCAGGGUUCAGCUGCCCAGUGCAUCAGUGGCUUCACUGCUUUGGAUAUACCUCCUCCUCGGGGACCUCUCUGGAUACUGGGAGAUAUUUUCAUGGGUCGUUACCACACUGUCUUUGAUUCUGGAAAGCUAAGAGUUGGAUUUGCAGAGGCAGCUUAAAGGAUAUAGUUUGGGGUCUGUCUCAUAUUUCCCCAUCUUAUCAACUAAUAUGUAAUGUGCUUUUCAAAAGGUGAUGGGAGUCACUGAUGAAAAAUAUGAUGUUUCUGCCCCCUACUUAAAUUAAACAGAUGUUAUUGUAAAUAUUCAUUUGCUUGCUUCUUAUCAAUUACAGAUUGAUACAGUAUAAAAUGCCAUAUGCAUUGAAUGCUGUGU